AUAUUUGAUCGAUCUAGGAUGGCCCCAAAGACCCCCAUUAAGAAUGAACCAGUUGAUUUAUCAAAGCAAAAAGGCUGCACUCCAGAAAGAAAUCCAAUUACACCUGUUAAGCUCAUUGACAAACCUCAGCCUGAUCCAUGGACCCCAACUGCUAACCUGAAGAUGCUUGUUAGUGCUGCUAGUCCUGACAUGAGGGACAGGGAAAAGAAGAAAGAGCUCUUCAGACCCAUAGAAAACAGUGAGCAGAGUGACACGCCUGAUUCGUCACAGUAUGAUAUGGUAGACGACAGCACGGUUGAUGAAUUUGAAAAGCAGAGGCCCAGCAGAAAACAGAAAAGCUUAGGACUCUUGUGCCAAAAGUUUCUAGCUCGCUAUCCAAGUUAUCCAUUGUCAACAGAAAAAACUACUAUUUCUUUGGAUGAAGUGGCUUCAAUCCUUGGAGUUGAGCGAAGACGAAUUUACGAUAUAGUGAACGUCCUGGAGUCAUUGCACUUGGUUAGCCGUGUGGCCAAGAACCAGUACUGUUGGCAUGGCAGGCACAACUUAAGUCAGACUCUGAAAACGCUUCAGGAGGCAGGCCAGCUGCAGUAUGGAGAGCUAAUGACCUUCUUCCAGCACAAGGAGCAGGACUUGGAGUACAAAUUUGGAGAACGGAAAAAGGAAACUAUUCCAGAUUCUCAAGACAGACCAUUACUGGAGUUUUCAGAACCAGAUUGCACCUCUGCAUCUGCAAACAGCAGAAAGGACAAGUCAUUGCGGAUUAUGAGCCAAAAGUUUGUCAUGCUGUUCCUUGUCUCCAAGACCAAGAUAGUCACUCUGGACAUCGCAGCAAAGAUACUGAUAGAAGAGACCCAGGAUACAGUGGACCACAGCAAAUUUAAAACAAAGGUACGAAGACUGUAUGAUAUCGCCAAUGUUCUCACCAGCCUAGGCUUGAUCAAGAAAGUUCAUGUCACAGAGGAACGAGGACGCAAACCUGCCUUCAAGUGGAUUGGGCCUAUGGAAUUCCCUGGAAAAAACGAUAAGCUGAGAGGGCACAGCCCAACAUCUGAUCCACUGCCAGGGACACAGAGAGGAGCCUGUGCCCCGUAUCAGACCUGUGCUACUGGAAAGCAAAGGUUUACACGUCACGCGUCAUUUAACAGCACACAGCCUUGUGAAGGGACCAGAAGGAAGGUCAGUUCUGAGCCCAACAGCCCACGUCAAGAGAGACAAGCCUGUAUUGUGAAUUCAGAUGAAUAUUGCUCCACAAUAAUAAAUCGAGCAACUGUCUGCAGGCAGAAAAUAAAGGAAGAAACUACGAAUAAAGCUUGUGCCACAGAAACUAUAUUAAAUUCAGCAAGGAACCCAAGCAUAACCUCAGCUUUCUCCCUUCCAGUUCCUGGGGACUCUGAUUUUUGUGUUAACCCUUUGCCUCAGGCAGUUUUCCCUGUGGUUCAGGCAGAUGUGCCAAGCCUCUCACUGCCAAAUGGCAUCAGCAGCCAAGCUCCACAUCCUUCCACGCCAGCAGCCUGCAAAACAGAAAACGGAAAACACACUGUGCUCCCCAGCCAACCCUUCCUGUGCUUCCCAUCUUCAUCCCUUUUUAUGUUGUGUGGCGGUCUUCAGGAAAAUAACUCGAGGGAGACCCUGCCCACCACAGGAGAGGUGGGAAACUGGAGUGCAGAAGGUCAGGCUGCUGUACCGCCAGCUGCCUGCCAGAAACGCAGCUCCCACAGGUGCGCAUUGCCCGCUGCAUCUGUAGAUGAUGAAGAGCCAGCUGCUAAAAAGCAGAACAUGGAACAGAGUGAUGUACCCCUCUCACUUGUAGUACCCAAGCCGCCUGAGUCGCCCAAGACAGAAUCUGCCCCAGGAAGUGGCUGUACAUCUGCUGUUCAUCUUGAAGCUUUUCACCUUGGCCUUGCAGGUCCUGCUGCUCCAGAGGCUGCAGACAAGGAGUCUGCUAAGCCUUUAGAUUCUCAGGAGCAAGAGAAAUGGUCUCAGAAUAAAGACCCUGAUGAACCCUCUCCAGGAAAAGAGCACAUCUCUAAAGAAAAUGUCAAUCAGCCUUUCCUAUCACAGUAUCUUUAUGUUCAGCCUACUGCUGGAUUAAGCAGUUUUAAUUUCCUGCUCUCUGCAAACCAAGCCCCUGGUGCUAUCAACCUGGCUGCGAGCCAGUUACCUUCUCUGAGCGUCCCCUGUGUCAUGGUGCCGUCAACAGCCUUGGCUUCCUUCCCUCUCGUCUGCUCUCCCACAAUCACCAGUCCUCUUUCCACAGUUCCCGAUGGCUCCUUCUCAGCUGCCACCUCCAUGAAUUUCAGUAUGUCUGGCCUGGCACCAACAACGCCUGUUUUCAUAGGCACCACGGCAGUGGUCACCCCCAAGGUCUCACCCGCCCCUUCGGUGGAUCCCCAGCAACCAGCUCACCCCGCUCUGCACCUGAGUCCCAUGCUUGCAAGGUCUUGUGGUACUGUUAAACUGGACUCCCCCGUGUGCAUGGGGCAACCAGUGACCCUUCUGAAGCUGCAGCAGCCUUCAUCAGCCCCCCUCACUCCCAAGAGCAUUCGUCCUGCGCGUCAUGAGGCAUUUUUCAAAACUCCUGGAAGUCUUGGAGACCCUGUUGCAUGGAAGAAAAAUGAAGUCAACCAGACCAGAAACGCCAGCUCUGUGCAGAGGAGACUGGAAAUCUCUAGUACCAGCCCUGACUAA